AAGGUCCAUCGCUCCUCUCUCUCAUUCCCUCCGCUCUCCCCAACUGAUAUUUUAAGAGAAGCACUCUCACACGCUUUCCUCAAAUGUGACAACGUUUUGGAGGGUCAAGAAGGUUGCGCAUGGUGGGUUGUUUCCACCACCCAUUUACAGAAAACCUAAAGAACCAACACCCAUUUGCUUCUCUUCGGCUUUCUUUUUAUGAUGUUUAGGACUUGCACAUUGAGAGAGGGAAUAGCAAAGAAGAGGAACCUACCAUAGAGGCAUCAGCUCUUCAUUUUGUGGGCUUUUCAUUAAGCUAAUGAGUUACUUAGCCUCGUCUUUGUAAACCUCUCUCUCUUUCUCUUUUUUCCUUCUCCCCCCAUCUCUGUCUCCUGGGUUAGUGGUGUUGAUUUAGUGAAAUGGCUGUGAUGGGCAAGACCAGAUCGGUUUUAACGUUAACCGGCAGAGUCAUUAACGAAGCUGUGAGCUUCAUUAUCUUUUCUAUUUUAGACCUUCUUGAUUUCCUUCUUUGUUUUGUUUACAAAGUGGCUGAUUUCUUCAUUGAGGCUGAGUGGAAGCCUUGUUACUGCUCCUCAGCCAAAGAAGCCAUCACCAGCAGUGGCAAGAUCUUGGUCUCAGAACAAGGAGAAUCUAAGAUUGUUUGCCUCAGUUCUAGUAAGCUUCAGCUUGAGGAGAUCUCCGACACCCUCUACGCCCGUCCUUCCCUCGUCUCUGAGGUCUCCAAAUCCACUGUUAAAGAGCUUAAGAAGCUCAAGAUGGAGGGUACCAUGAUACAAUCUUGCGAGAAGAUCAAGAAAGGAACUGUUCGAUCCACAUUUACCGUCAACUCCACCAUUGUUGAAAUGCUCCAAGGAAGGAUUGGAGGGCAACAAUCUCAUCCCAUCCCAAGAUGGUCUGAUUGUGACUGUAAAACUUGCACUUCUUGGACCUCUUCUACCAAAGAAACCCUCUUUGUUCUAGCUGACGGAGCCAAAGAUAAGGCACGAGAAGAUGUCCUCUUCAUUCAUGGAUUCAUCUCCUCUUCCGCAUUCUGGACCGAAACACUUUUCCCAAACUUCUCAAACUCUGUGAAAUCAACCUACCGGUUAUUUGCAGUGGAUCUGCUAGGGUUUGGGAGGAGCCCCAAGCCAACUGACUCUCUCUACACUCUCAGAGAGCAUCUGGACAUGAUUGAGCGGUCAGUACUAGAGCCAUACAAAGUUAAGUCCUUCCACAUAGUGGCUCACUCUUUAGGCUGCAUAUUGGCUCUAGCCCUAGCCGUAAAACAUCCCGGGUCCGUGAAAUCCUUAACCCUACUUGCACCACCAUAUUUUCCAGUACCCAAGGGUGAACAAGCUGCACAACAUGUGCUGAGAAUGGUAGCUCCACGGCACGUGUGGCCGGUGAUAUCCUUUGGUGCGUCUCUAGCUUGCUGGUACGAGCACAUCAGCCGGACAAUUUGCCUUCUCAUAUGCAAGAACCACCGCUUGUGGGAAUUUCUCGCCAAGCUGGUCACCAGAAACAGGAUCAGGACAUUCUUGCUUGAAGGAUUUUUUUGCCAUACUCAUAACGCUGCAUGGCAUACCUUACACAAUAUUAUUUGUGGGGCGGCUGGAAAGAUUGAUGGAUACAUGGAAACUGUGCGCGACCACCUAAAAUGCGACGUCAAUGUGUUCCAUGGAAGGGACGAUGAACUAAUUCCAGUUGAAUGCAGCUACAAUGUGCAAUCGAUGAUUCCUCGUGCCCGCAUUAAGGUUAUAGAAAAUAAGGAUCACAUCACAAUUGUUGUUGGGAGGCAGAAAGCCUUUGCUAGGGAUCUGGAGGAGAUUUGGAGGAAGUCAAGUGGCUAAGACCCUCCUCAUUUGCUACUAGACAGAAGAUGCGAAGCCCCCAAAUCACCAUAAUUUCUAUCUAUCUGAGAAAAAAAAUGUGGAUAAAGAUAGUCUUGAGAUUGGCAAGGUUCUCUCCUUCUUCUUCGAGUGUGAAGUUCUCUCUCACUUAGGCCGUGUGAAAUUAUUACCCAUUAUUAUUGGGGUGUGAAAUGCUUAAUUAAUUAAUAUCAUGUCAAUUUGAUAAGGGAAAGAAAGGAACGUGAAUUCAAACAUCAUCUGCUUUUUUUUUAUUAUUAUUGUUUA